CUCGCUAGAUUCUUAUUCUCACAAAUCACAACCAAACCUCAAAAUCUCAACCCUCACACAUGGCUACAAAGUUUACUCUUCUUUUCCUUCUCCUAACUCUACUCUCCAUUACAACAUCAACACCAACAAGUUUCAUCAAAUCCUCAUGUAGCACAACACAAUACCCAACACUUUGUGUUGAAUCUCUCUCUAUCUAUGCCUCAACAAUCCAACAAGACCCUCACCAAUUAGUCCAAACAGCCUUAUCCCUUACUCUCAACAAAACUCAAUCCACAAAAGGCUUUGUUACAAUGUGCAAAAGCUUCAAAAAUCUCAAACCAAGAGAAUAUGCUGCUCUUCAUGAUUGUGCUCAAGAAAUAAGUGAUAGUGUUGAUAGGCUUAGCCGUUCUUUGAAAGAACUUCAACUUUGCAAGAUCAACGGUCAAGAUUUCAAUUGGCAUAUAAGCAAUGUUGAGACAUGGGUUAGCUCAGCUUUGACUGAUGAAAGCACUUGUGGUGAUGGAUUUGGUGGAAAAACACUUGAUGGAAAAAUCAAAGCCUCUAUUAGAUCUAGAAUGGUUAAUGUUGCUCAAGUUACUAGUAAUGCUCUUUCACUCAUUAAUCAAUAUGCUGCUAAUCACUUGGAGGAUAUUAAAUAGUGUUAUAGCAUGUGAGACUUACUGUAUUAAUAGAAAUGCCUUUAAUUUAUUUAUAGCAUGUUUGUCUUAUUGUAUUCAU